AGUUAUUAUAAAUCUAAUUCGCAGUCACGUUCUGUAUCAUUUUCUAUGCCGUCGAGCGGUACACCGGCGAGUGCAGCUCCAGCUCCCGCAGCAACAGCAGCGUCCGAUUCUAUGGAUACAUAACAACCUUCCAGCGCCAAAGGUUGCCCACCUUUGCGCGCUCUCGUCUCUCCAUGCCACAGCAGGUGGACUGACCAGUCGACUGCCUCUGCUGCUGCCUGCCUGCCUGUCUGCUCUCGAGGACUUCAAAGACCUGCUCUCGUUCGUUCAGCUCUAGUCGCCACUCGCUCGCCCCCUCGCCCCCUUGCGCAUUCGGCUUUCCGGAUAGCAGACUCCUUCACUGAGAUUUGAGGAACGGCGGUAGGAGGGUGGCGGGCACGAAGGCUCAUGGAUCCGAGAUCCAAGUCGAGGUCGAGCACGGGGAUGGCGGCCCUCGUGCGCCGCGUUCUGGGAGCUGGUCCACGGUUCAGGAAGAAGAGCAAGAUGGAGGCCGAUGAGUAUUUCUCGUCCAAGAGCAAGGGAAGCUCGAGCUCGGGUUCUUCUUCUUCGUCGUCGUCUUCUUCGUCCUCGUCCUCGUCGUCGUCCACGGAGGGCAGCGAAGUGGACAGCGAGGCGGAGGGGGAUGAGGUGCUGGCCAUCAAGGAGAAGAAGCGGCCGCGGAGGCAGAGAUGCAGGAGGAUUCGGAAGCAGAGGUCGUAUCAGAUUUGGAUUGGCAACAGGCCCAGAGUCGCAUUCUCGUGCCUGAGAAUACGAAUUGUGCACAUGGUGAGGCUCAUGAAGACGAUGGCCUUCCUGCGCAGAGUGAGGAACGCGUACAGGCGCUUGAUGCACGCCGCAGGAUCUUCCAGAGCCGUCCUCACUCUCACCGAUUUAUACUACGCCAUCACUGAUCUGAUUCCCAGGUCCGACGACGCCAAGGGCCCUCCUCCUACCAACAUCAUCGUGCUGCGUCCAAUUCUGCUCCACUCGGCCGACAAGCGAAGCUUGAGAACCCGAGCUGACAUCCAAGCUCUGAGAGCGAGAAUCGACCUGCAAGCCUUCGGGUCCGGCGCGUUAAUCAGAACCAACACUCUCGUUUCGUGAGCCACGAGUUUUUAUUCUUCUCAAAUCGCUCCCGUGCCUUGUAAAUACACCGCCAGCAGCAGCAGCAGCAGCUCUUCAUUCCUUCACAUCGUUUCAAUUUGUUUCAGUUCAAUUCUUUCUUAUACACGACAUCAGCGUAAGCCAGAACCUUGGAGGUUGGAUUGAUCGAGGCCACAAUUGCUCCUAUGCAGCAGCAGCAGCAGCACCUGUUAGUUCGAUAAAUACUUCAAGGAGGUGGCGAACAUUCUGCCGUCCGUGGGCGGCAUGGAAUGCAUGGUCUGGUAUGGACCAGGUCCAGAUUUUUAGAUGGGCUCUGUAGGAAGGUCGUAAGUUUAGUCUAGGGAAGCGCUCGGGUGCUGUUUAGGAGUUCACGGAUGGCGCUCAAUGUCGUCGUGCCUUGUACAGCUACUGGGCAGUUGGGAAUGUGAGAGCAGUCGCGAGAUAGAAUCGGCCUCGUGCCUGCACGGACAGCGAUGAGAAGGAAAGUAGAGUUAGGAAUCACUCAACCUCUACGACACGGAGAGAGCAGAAGGUCUCGACAGAGUGUGACUCUGUCCGUUGGUCUGUCUGUCUCUGUGUGUCUGGAGCUUGAGCCCUUUUUGUACAACAGUCAGGUAUAUCCAGCACCACCAUUUACUUGCAAUAUGAAAGGAAACCAUCCACU